AUGAAUCCAGAAUACGACUACCUUUUUAAGCUUUUGCUUAUUGGAGAUUCUGGUGUAGGCAAGUCAUGUCUUCUUCUGAGGUUUGCUGAUGAUUCCUACCUUGAGAGUUACAUUAGUACCAUUGGGGUUGACUUUAAAAUACGCACAGUGGAGCAGGAUGGAAAAACCAUUAAACUCCAAAUUUGGGAUACUGCCGGGCAAGAACGUUUUAGAACGAUAACUAGCAGCUACUACCGAGGGGCCCAUGGCAUCAUUGUAGUUUAUGAUGUGACGGACCAAGAGAGCUUUAACAAUGUCAAGCAAUGGUUGAAUGAAAUUGACCGGUAUGCCAGCGACAAUGUUAACAAGCUCCUUGUUGGAAACAAGUGUGAUCUCACAGCACAGAAAGUUGUGUCUACAGAAACAGCUAAGGCAUUUGCAGAUGAAAUUGGAAUUCCUUUCAUGGAAACAAGUGCGAAGAAUUCAACUAAUGUGGAGCAGGCUUUCAUGGCUAUGGCUGCUGCUAUCAAGAACAGGAUGGCCAGUCAACCUGCCAUGAACAAUGCUCGACCUGCAACCGUGCAAAUUCGUGGACAACCCGUUAACCAAAAGUCAGGCUGCUGCUCCACCUGA